AUGGAUCCAACAGCUCUCAGCCCUAGUGACCCUAGCAUGCUUACGUUGCAGGAAGACCAUAGGAGCACAUUAUUAUGGAAUGCCGAGGUUUCCGAUAAGGAUAAACUUUACUGUAGGCAUCCCGACUCAGCUCCAUGGGCAAUUGAUGAUCGUAUCAUCCCAUAUCUUCGUAGAGCCAGGCUAUACGAUUAUCAUCAAGUCACUUAUGGUCGUGUUGAUCAAGCCAUGAUCACGACGUUGGUUGAGAGAUGGCGCCAAGAGACACAUACCUUCCAUCUCCUUCUAGGUGAAGAGACGAUCACCUUAUUGGACAUUGUUGUAUUCUCACGGCUUCCCAUUGAGGGACAUGUCGUGUCCACUGUAUUGGAACAACGCCUUUCAGAAGGUCGAGGUAGUGCGUUGAAGGCUAGAUGGUUAAUUGACACCUUUCGUGCCGUUUUGUUCGCCGACAAGAGUAGCGACGAGAUCCAAAUGUUAUAUCUCACCCUGUUGGAUCAGCCUUGGGAGCGCAUUGGCUCAUAUAGUUGGGGAUCUGGGGCACUAACGUACUUAUACAGAAGCCUAUGUCAUGCAUCUAAAAAGAACGUGAAGAAGAUUUUUGGACCACUAUACGCACCAGCUGCUCCUAAGAUAACGACAUUCGUAAGCAUAAGGAGUGGCUUCUGUAAUCCCCUCAAGUCAAGAGGUCCCCGUCAGGUAGAUGGCGCAGACAAUUCUUCGGGGUUCUAUGUUUGA